AUGGGACCCGGUAGACCUGUUCCAACCUGUGUUCAUCUUGCAGCUGAUGCCCAACUAGAUGGGAGGUGUGACCCCAGGAAACUUCAGACCCAAAACCAGUUGCAGUUUAACAGGAAUGUUCCUACACAUCCAAGCAACUUGGCGAUCAGAUAUUCUUGUCCACAUGCAAUUAGGAUUGAAAAACUGAAGCACACAUACAAUGAAUCAUACCAUCUUAAAGAUUCAGAUUUCAGAGAUGGGCCUGACAUAAGCAGUUCUGUUUCAUUUUCCGUCAUAUCAGAAGAGAAACUGAGCUAUGCUGUCCACCUAGCCAAACGAGAUGUGAAACGAAGACAAUUUGAAGAACACCUGAUAGAUCAUCUCAGAAGUCAGCCGCAAAUCUCUCCGAAGUGUGUACAUGCAAAAGCAAAGCUCUCUGAACACAGGGUAGAGAGGAAGGGACCCAGAAACCAGGAAGUGUUUCCAUGCAGCCACCAGCCAUCCAAACUGGAGAUUUCCAGCUCAGGUGCCAAGGUUUACCUGUAUGCCUCUCAUCCAGGACAGUCGGAGCUUACUGUGCCAGAUUUACCACCCACCCGGGAUCUCGGACUGCACUCACAUCCCAGGAUAAGUGAACACAAAAGCCUUUUAGAAGUUCAGCGGCUCCAGAAAGAAUUGAGUAGUUGUAUCCACAAAAUUGAAGAAGUCACUAAAAAAGAUAGAAUAGAAGAGGCUUUGGAUCCAGAUGAAGAGCGACGAGUCCAAACCAAGAGACAGGAACAAGCCAUCCGCUCUGCCCGGAUGCUCUAUGUCCUCCAGCAGCAGGUAAAGGAAAUCCAGGAAGAAUUGGAUAAAUUGAGUCCACAUAAAAUUAAGCACACUAAGAAGUCAUGGGCAGUGUCUAGGCUGGCAGCAGCCCACCGUGGAGCCAUCCGGGCCUUACAGAUGUUUGUCACUCAGUUUACUGACCGAGGAGAACACCCAGUUCCUGCGCGUGGUCGGGAACUAGGCAGUCUCAUCCGCCAACUUUCGCUCUGUUCUGCCAAGCUGGACUCUGACCCUUCUGUCCCUGAUGUGGUUAUAGAUAUCCUGCAGCAAAUUGAGGACUUGGAGUCCCUCCUGGAGAGGAAACUGUCACCAAAAAAGGUGAAGAAAUGUUUCUCUGAAACUCGGAGCAAAUUCCCUGUGGGAAGCCAGAGGAUCUUGGAAAGAUGGCCAAAUGUGUCAUCAAGGACUGAGAGGAGACUCUUUGGAGUAAAGGAGAUGGUCCCCCAGGAAACGAGACGGCCUGCAAUAGUAAAGAAGCUUCUUGCUGAUCAGCGUCAGCCUGAUGCCGAGCUCCCAGUGAAGGAGAGACUCAAGGAUGAGUCGGAUGUACUGGCUGUGGAUAUACUUCAGGAGGAAACACCACCGAUUUUAGACCAAAAUGCAAACUUCAAAGACGAAACAGCCCUGGAAAAAACAAGAGCGGUGAAAAAGAAACCGGUGAUUGCAACUGCACCUUUAAGCAAGAAAGAUGCUCUGGCACCGGCAAAACUGCAGCAAGGACUCCUUAGAGCUGAAAAGCGCAGAGCAACUCAGCCUCACGUCAAAAGCAGGUUGCACCAGACAACAGUCUCAUCCAGGUUAAAAAUGAACCAACAGCCUGUGAAAGACCAAAAGGCUCCUUGGAUCCCUCCAAACCCCACAUCCCCACCAGCUUCCCCUAAAUGUGCUGCGUGGACAAAGGUGAAACAUAGCCCCAAAGAUGCCACCAAAGACCAGUCUCUCCAGCAAGAAGAGGCUCCAGGGGAGAGUCAUUUGCAUGGUGCUGUUGAACACGAAGCCAUCAGGCUCGCUUGGCUUGAUGUUGAAACUUCCAAAAGACUGACAGAACUAGAAGAAUUAAAAAACAAGGAAAUGGACAAAAUACAGAAAUGGAGGCUCGAUUGGCUUGAUGCUGAAACGUCCAGAAGAACAAAGGAACUGAAUGAACUCAAAACUGAAGAAAUGGAUCGACUCCAACAAUUGAGUGUUUCUGCCACCCAGCUAGCAGACAAGGUAGAGCAAGCAGUCUUGGGACGUCUGAAGCCUCUACUGCUCAAGGCCCAGAAAGUCAAUUCUUCUCUGGACCCAAGUGCUCAUUUGGAGGAUCAUCCGUCAGUAAGCACAGUGCCAGCCCAGCCUGCAAAGGAGACUUCAGCGGUUGAUUCUGAAUCCAACAACGUUCGUGUGCUGGAUGAGAUUUUGGACGAUUCAGCUGACAAACUCUGGGCUGUGACUCACUCUAAGAUCUUGGAGGACAGCAAGGACACUCCAACUCUAGAGACCAUGAUGCUCCGAAUGGAAGAAAUGGAAACAUACCAGGAGACAGUUCGCCAAAGAUAUAUUAAAUUUGUGUAUGAUGAUCCUCAGGUUUGGAUGCAGGAAGGAACAAAAGACCAAAAGGCUUCAGCAGUCAGUGAAAGACCCCUGCCCCCUCAUCCAUUCAGGAUCACAAAGGCAGCAGCUCGCAAAGACCCAGACCUGAGCAUUGUGUUUGAAAAGCCUUGGAAUGGCAAUUCCUUGGAUGAAAGUUUGGGAACAGAGGAGAGACUGAAGAAAAGAGAGGCGCCCCUCCCGGAAGGUGCUGAGCCGUGUGAAGGCCGAGCCCGCCUGUUCAUCCCUCCGGCCAUGCUGCAUAGCAUUGGGGACUAUUGCAGUCGCUUUGAGCACUACCUCCGGAUGGUUUCUCAUGAGGCCGUUGGCUCCUUCAACCCAUGGGUGAUAGCUGAAAGCUUUUCAGAAGAGCUGGUAGAUGAAGCCCUGGAGUCGGUGGCUGCUGAACUUCAGGAUAUGUGUGAAGAUUAUGCCGAAGCUGUGUUCACCUCUGAAUUCUUAGAGGCUGGAAAUCUUUCUCCUCAGCUGCCUAUCCAGGCCCAGAAGGUACUGCCCACUGAGAAGGAAGGCAAUGCCAGUGGUGGCUCCUCACACUGCAUUUCCAGUCGUCAUGGCAAUAGUGCUGGGAGUUUAUGA